UGUGUAUAUUAAUGGAGUUUUUGGGGGGUUGAUUUGCCGGUCACAAUCAUCAUCAUCAUCAGCAUCAUUAUCUUGGCCGUUCGUCAUCAUCAACGUCUUGACAAGCGCGAAGCGGGAGGCUCGACGACACAGAAACACGCAAAAUAACCAAACAGAGGAAAGGUGUUUUGCUGCAUGUAUUGCGUGCGUAUUGCGAAGGAGACGCAUAUACAAACAAGGAACGAAAUUAUAGUGUACCGAGCGUAUAACACACUGUUUAUAUACAUACACACAUGUAGGAUUGUGGAAGUCGUUCUGUGGCGCAGAUUCGCGAUGAAAUAAAAACAAAACCCACCCCUCGCGAGCGUACACGCACACAUGCACACUGCUGUGUGUGCAAAGAGCCACGCAUUAAAGCAAACCGAUAAGUGAUCGUGCAGUGCAGCCUGUAGCGGGCGCCUCGGAAGCAUGAGGGGUGUGUGUGUGCGGGACCCACAGGAUGGCGACGUAUUUGUUUGAAGGGAGAAAAUACAUGCUUGAAGGAAUUAUAUAUGAAAAACAAAAUUCGCGAACCGUACCGCGCUCAGUACGAGACUUGAUGUCGCUCGGUUCGGACGGAAACGGGCAAACGGACGGCCAAUUUUGAAGCAACCAAAAAAAAGCGUUCGUGAACAUACAUACACACGCACUGGAUGCCGCGGCGAGCCGCCAAACAUUAUGUUUAGUGUUUUUAUUACGAAAAGAAGAACAAAAUUGUGUGCAUAAUUUGGUGUUUUUUUGUUUGUUUGUUAUAUUACAAGAAAAUUUGCUCUUUUAUAUCUGCAUUACCUGUCAGUGCAAUAAACACCAAAUUGAACGAUUAUUUAGCGUGCUUUUGUGCGUCGAUCCGGUUGUCGAUCGAUCGUUGAUGUGGUUGUGUUUUAUUACGGCCGUGUGUGUGAUGUGCGUGUGAAUUUUAUGGAGAAACAAAUCUUCACGAAAAACGGUUCACCGGUGCAUUGUAAUUGGUGAAAAUAUUGGUUCCUGUUUCCCCACCUUCCCAGUACCAGUUACGAACGAAAAUACGUUAAACGCAGCGUGUGUGCCUUAAAGUCUGUCACAUUUCGAUGUCACCUUAUCGAUGUAUUGAUGUGUCACAUGCAUUACCGUUGUUGCGUGCAUUUUACGCAUCUUGAUCAUCGCACAACGAUCGUCGGUGGCUUGUGAUUUCACACCCAGUGACGCGGUGCCUUCUUUAAUGUGGUGUUGUGUGUUUUUUGGGAGGCGAAUAAACCAACCAAAAAUUCUUGUACAAUAGACAAUCCUUCUCUACAUGAACCGUUUUGGGUGAAAAUUAAAAUCGUGAAAAGAAAAGCAUCUCAAACUGGUUUGUUGGCACCUCAAACGCACCCUUAACACCAUCUGCUCUCAGCCACACUGGACGAAACCGGCACGAUGGAUACCUGGAUGCAGGAAGUGGUGUCGAUGAUGGCAGGCGACGGUACAUCAGCUAGGAUCAAACAGGAACUGAUCGAAACAUCCUGCUGCAGUCCGUCCCCAUCGUCGGUCGGUAGCCUAUCCCAGACCAACAUACUGUACGGCAAUUCACCCACGGGAAAGAUGGACUUUAAGUGCAGCAGCAAUAACAACGAAACACAUCUCACAGAACUGCACGGUAACGGUAGUACCGGUGGUCACAACAGUGGAAGCAACGGUAAUGGGAAACCACAGUCGCCCGGCAGCCCGGAUCGGCAGUUCUGCAGCUCAACUACCUCCGCCAUCGGGGACUUUGGCAGCGAUGGCACGAACCAUGACACGAUCAAGGAGGAGCUGCCGCGACGGUUGUGUCUAGUGUGUGGGGACGUUGCGAGUGGAUUCCACUACGGCGUUGCCAGCUGUGAAGCAUGUAAAGCAUUUUUCAAACGUACCAUUCAAGGAAACAUCGAGUACACCUGUCCCGCGAGUAACGACUGCGAAAUUAACAAGCGGCGACGGAAAGCGUGCCAAGCGUGCCGGUUCCGCAAAUGUUUACUGAUGGGAAUGCUCAAGGAAGGGGUCCGGCUGGAUCGGGUGAGAGGCGGCAGACAGAAGUAUCGGCGCAAUCCAUGCUCCAACCCGUACCAGAUGCAGAUCAUACAGUCAAACCAGCAGUACACCGCCCAAACGCUGGAAGACAUCAAGAUCCUGGAAGUAUUAUCCUCGUUCGAGCCGGAUCCACUUUCGAUCGGCGGUGGUGGGGGUGAUAUGAUGACGGUCGGUGAGGAACGUAACGGUGGUGCCCAAACGUCGAGCUCUUCGUUCUCUUCCGCCUCGUCAUCAUCGUCCACGAGCAGCAACAGUAGCAACUCGCCCGGUGCUACAGCUGCCGCCGCCGAUUCCGGUCUCGAUCGGAUGGUGAUGGGUGGUGAUGCGCAGGAAAUUUUGAGCGUGCUGAGUGAUAUUUACGAUAAGGAGCUGGUCGGUGUGAUCGGAUGGGCAAAACAGAUCCCGGGCUUCACCGAUCUGCCGCUGAACGAUCAGAUGCGUCUGCUGCAGGUAAGCUGGGCCGAGCUGCUGACGCUAAUGCUUGCCUACCGGUCGAUUCCGUUCGAUGGUCGGCUAUACUUUGCAACCGACUUCUGGCUCGACGAACGAUCGGCGAAGGAGUGCGGUGCUCUCGAUCUCUACAACCAUCUAGCACAAAUCACCCAACGAUUGGAAAAGAUCUCGGCCACCAAGGAGGAGUACUAUCUGCUGAAGGCCCUGUCCCUGUCAAAUUGUGAUAUCAGACUGGAUAACUACAGUGCGCUGAAGAAAAUUCGUGACUCAAUACUGUACGCACUCAAUGACUGUGUGCUGUUGAUAAGGCAACAUCAGGCGGUGUCACAUCAGCAGCAGCUGCUACUGUUGCUGCCAUCGUUACGGCAAGCGGAUCACAUCAUUCGCAAAUUCUGGACGAAUGUGCAUAUCGAGGGUAACGUGACGAUGAACAAACUGUUUGUCGAAAUGCUCGAGUCCGUCUCACGAUAAGAUGCAGUAACCGCCCUUAAAAGCAAUCGCUUAAGCUCUUUCAUAUUGUUGGGAAUUAUUCUCAAUAUUAGAUUUAGGCACAGAACGCAGGGAAAGGGAGAGAGGGAGAGAGAAAGAAAGUUGAAGGGAUGUGCAGUAUAGUGACGCGGUCAUUAAAAGUGACUAUAAUUUCGUGGAAUGGUUACCGAAGCGUUAUUCGAAUUGUUUACUUAGUUUUAAGGUAUCUGUUUUUUUUGUAUUUCAAAGUACCGCUCCCGAUUUCUUAGAGAAACGCAUCUCCUGCUUCGUUAAAUCUGUACAAACAACGGCUCUAUUAUUGGGAGCACCUGUUCAAUGUUUGUGUAGCUGGUUUUCUAAGUUUCAUAUGGAUUGAUUUCAUUGUAACGUUGGAAGGCACAGCUAGCUGGUCGUUCUUAUUUUUUUUAUUCUACGUCUAAUUUGUGUUAAAGUUACCGUCGUAAUCCGGUUCCGCAAGUGAAAGCUUAUGGAAGAAUGGAAUGUUAUAAUGUUAGAAGAACACAUAGCAGCCCUUUGCUGAGCUGUCUGGCAAGAAUGGCAAUAAUGUUUUGUACUUUGAAUGUAUCAUUUUCGACGCGCGUGUCUUUCACGUAAAUAUUGUUGCGAACUAUCGCAGCUUUGCUGUAAACUCCAGUAACAAUUGGUGGCAAUUUUCAGCACCAUCAAUUCUUUAUCCAGGUGUGAGUGAGGAUCGAUUGUAUUGCUUUAUUCUCAAUAUUAGAGUAUUUUGGUUGUUGUUAAUGACAGUUCAUUAUUGUAGAUCACGAACACAAAUAUUGUAGAGCGGGUUGAUGGCAGGCAGUGGGAUUAUAAAGAUUAACUCUAAUUGCAAUAUCUAUGCGCUACCCGUUUAGUGGCCGUACAAGUGGCCGUAGUAAUUUAUGUACAGAAAGCAAUGUUUUUUACCGGUACCGUAUCUGUACAUUACAGCCGAGAGCAGGUAUGGCAGGUGUGUGUUUUUAAAUGUUUUAUAGUUUCCUGUCGUACUGGAGCAUGUUUGCAAAAGACCUUUUUUGCUAUAACUCCUCUUACAUUCGUUCGAUGCAAUAGAGAGCUGUUGAAAGGUUCCAAUCCUUGAUGUAAAACGUAAAUUUAUUGUAAAGAAGGUUAAAGUAAGUACAGACAAUUUAUUGAUGAAAUAUUUUCGCAAUACAGUUCAAAGCAAGAGAUGUGCAAUGCAAGACGAAGCUGAAUCUCGAGCGGUGGUUUUGGGAAAGAUAUAUGAACAUAUUAGGACAGCUUACGCCCGUCUUACAAUAACAGUACAGUACAACUCCACAAGCAAAUGAUCGUUCAAAGGAGGCAAGCAGCGAAUGGUGCGAUUCUCCGUUUGAUUUUAUUUUGUUGAAUGUUUCGAAUGAUUCUCUGACGCCGACGUGUAGGUAGAUUUUAACAUUAUGUUUUCAUAUGAGCAACAACGUUCAGACACAAGCGUAGAAAGACAAGCAAAGGCGAAGGAAGAAUUACAAAACCAGCAACCAAACAUACAAAAACUGGGAAGGUCUUCAGCAAAGCAACGGACGAUACAAAAUCGAAUGCAUCAAAACAAACGGAAACAAAAUUUUAUCAGCGUAAACGUAUAAAUAGAAAUAGUUCUAUAGUACUCUGCAAAUCGUUAUUACAUUGUAAAAAUGGGGUUUUUGCACUGAUCGGUUAUGGAACGUAUUACUUCUGCGGUCCAAACAAGCGCGUGACAUACUCCCAAUUGUGUCCAUGGGGUGAAACGAAACAAAACCGGAAGAAUAUACCCGAACAAUGACUGAAGCAAGUCUCUCGGUACGUACGAAAUGUGGCAUUGUAUCUUGCAGUGAUGUAGCAGUCCGAGGAAGAAUGUGUUUUUUAUAGGGAGAAUAUGCAAUUUAUCCAUUGCCUGCAAUAACACGGUAAGAAAACCAGCGUAGUAUAGUAGUGUUUAGAAAUCUUCCGAGAUUGUAUGCCGUUCUAAGGGGUUUUGCGGGGAGAAAGUAAUGUGGUCCUGUAAUGACCCAGCAGGUUGAGCAAGUAGACACGCCGUAGAAGGUGUAGGAGAAUGUCUCAGGGAAUGUAACGUGCGAUAUGUUCUUGUGCGAUUGUGACGAUAGUUUAAAAACGAUGACGUUGAUUGUUUGGUAGUAAUGUUAGUGAAAGUGAAAUAGAUGGUCUAUGGAAGGAAGCUAAACAACAUGCCGCAUGCAUGCGUGUAAGGUGCGUGUGUGUGUAGUAGUAGUUGAAUUGGGCAGAGGGUUAUCGAAUGGAAUGGAUCGUUAAAUAGAAAUACAGCCGGCACUAUUUGCUAACACGGA